AUGUUACUCACUGCGGACUAAACGGUAAAAAGUGUGUAUGCAUCAGAUAUAGUUUUAGAAAUCGUAGUCCAUCAUGUGCGCGUUCCCGCCCUCCUGCUUCUCAUAGCAGGGUGACGUUUUUCGCCACCACACCGGAAGCGCCGCUGCCACCAGUAGCGCUCGCGGUGUCUCCCAGCGCCGCGGAUCAGAGCCGAGCGCGGUCACACCUGGUGGGACCGGAGCGAGCAGUUUGGCGAAACAUCUCCGACAGCUCCACAGUUGAUCGCUUGAGGAAUGUGGUUUCAUUAGAAAGGUUGCCCAGACCCGAAAGUUUGCACUAAGUUCAACUUUACUUUCACUCACUUUCGAAGCAGUAAAGGGAUCAUGGCUACUGGCGGGUUUAAGUCAAACGCACCCGCUGACUUUUUGGAGGAGUGGAAGGCAAAAAGGGAGAAAAUGAGGGCUAAAAUGCUGGGGGACAUUGCAAAAGCCACUGGUGUCCCCCUGAACCCCGCCAGCAGCAACAGCACCAGCAACAGCCGCCUCGGCGCCCCGCCGGGCACCGAGCUCUGUACCAACCCGGACCGAAGCGCCUCCGCUGGGAACUGCCGCACCUCCUCCUCCUCUCCGGUGGCUCGGUCCCCCUCCGGCGGCACGCUGAACAGAGCCGAGGAAGAGGCGCACCACCCGGCCGCACCCGCAGCCACCACCCCCACCGCCCAGGGGAGCAACCUGAAGAAGGCCCCGCCUCAGAUGGAGAAGACUCGGUGCGCUUCGCCGGACUCCAGCUCGAUGAUGGCGUGCAAUAAUGACAGUGACAAGGACAGUCCGUCACCAUCACCCAGCAAGGGGAAGGAGAAGAAAAACUCAGGUCCCAGUGCAAGGAAGGGCAAAGGACAGAUUGAGAAGAGGAAGUUAAGGGAAAAGAGGAGAUCUACAGGUGUUGUCAGCAUACCGUCCAAUGAGAGCCUGGAUGAGCUGGACGACGACGACGCAGGAGAAAAAGACAGACGUGAGGAAGAGGAGCUGGUUCAGACCAACACUUUCCAGAAUGAGUCUAUGACGGCUGACCCGGCCACCGGCUACCUGCUGGAAACCCCUAAAGCUGCUUCUGGACGUUUUAAGAGCUCUGCAAGGCAGGGGAUGGAAGAGGAGGCUGGUGGGAACAUCAGACAGCGAGAAAACCGUCACAGCCGAGAGGGCGGCGGUGCAAAUCUGGAGAAGAGGGUGGAGGAGCUGGAGAAGGAACUGUCCAGGCUGGUGAAGGUCGUUCAGGACAAAGACGAAGUCAUUGAAAAACUGAAGGAGGAAAUCGAAUUGCUAAACCUGGACCUGGAUGAGUUUGAAGAUGAAAAUGAGCAGCUCAAACAAGAGAACAAGACUCUGCUGAAAGUGGUGGGACAGCUGACGAGGUAGAGCUGCUCUGAUUGGUCCAGCGACUCGAUCCGUCUGCCCGACAUCCUGCUGGAGGUUAGAUCCUACGACGUGGCCUUGCAUCCGUUUCAUUUGGUGUAGAUUACUUUAGCUUAUCAUCCGUCUUGUUGAAUGCUGGUCAUUUGCCCCCUUUUGCUUUUUAUCCCUCCAGUUUUCAACCACCAAAGCAACUGGAUGUUACAUACUGACUUUUUCCACUUCAUAGCUGAAAAACGAAUGCUAUGAUUGUCAUUUUCUAUAAUCUAUCCUUUAGGAUAGUAUCUCCAGUAUCUAGGAGGUUGCUUAUACUAUGUAAUAUUUUAUAGAUGUAGAUCUUCAUUUGUGAAUUAGAACCAAAAUAAAUGGAGUUAAAAUGUAAUGUGAGUUUUCAGGAUAAUAACUUAAAUUUAAUACAAUUUUUAUGGUUCACUGAUCAUUUAUCUUCGAUUUAUGAAGAUAAGUAUAAACCAAUGCCCUGAGGCUUUAGGAGAUGGGUUUAAAAUUUAAAGAACAUUGGGUGAAGUGGCACAUAUUGGUAUGAAAUGACAAAAAGGGGCAAAUUGACCUUUUGAGAGUUAAAAACAAAAACACAUGUAUACCAAUUGUUGUGAAAUCUAGGCUGAGUGGUGGAGGUUGUCUAUCUUCUUAUACAUAUUUAAUGUAAAUGUAUUGUACAUAGCCUGUUUAGAUUGUUCUUUGUCAAGAUUUCUGUCAAUAUCUUAAAAGAAAUAAAACUUUGAAUGUACGUGCAGGAAUAACUAGGCACAAGAAAACCUGUUUAGUUACGGAAAAUCUUUCACACAAUCUUUAAAAAAAAGAAGAAAAAAGGAUCUGCAGCAUUUGGACCAAAUUAAACAUUCACUGCGACAGUAUCACCAGCCAAAGUGGGCGCAGUGCCUUGAAGUGCAUGAAACUUUUCUCUUUUCCUUCUUUCAAACUUGUUGAAGCCUGGUGCUUUCUCGAAUAAAUGGCAUUGGUACAUUUCAAUCCAGCAGGAGCCUAUUUAAAUUUUUAAUUUGGUAAAUAUGUCCAACUGAAAUGAAGACGCUGAGCUUUACGCAUUUUAUUAGCAUCUUGACUCAUUUUCUUGUUGGUGUCAAAAAGCUUUAGGGGUGUUUACAUGUUACUACAGGUUUUUAUAGUUUUUUAUUUUGGUGCUUCUAAGCUACAAGAGAACCACUUCCUGCGAUGAAUUGCUGGAACAAACUGAAUCUGCUUUGUUUAGUUAAGGGGCAGUCUCGGCCUUGUAAAAACAUUCAUAACCAGUGAACUUUCCCACAUUCCGUUACAUCACAAGCAUCACUGGGAUUUCAUGAGACGGAGCAACAAAGUCUUGCAAAUGUUUUUACGAAUGAAAAUGUCAAAAGUCUGGAGUGCAUUUGUAUUUGCCCAUCACCCUCCUCUAAAUAUGAAAGUCAACAUUUGUACAAGAAUAACUACAUAUGCACAGAUUAAAUUACACAACAUUUCUUUUUAAGACAGUUUGGUUUCACUAGAUUUUAUUUAGAGUUCUCAGAGAAAAGGGGGGCUGAAUGCAAAUGCAUGCCACACUUUUCAACUUUUGUCCUUUAAAUAUGUUAGAAAUCCACACAUAAUUUUCUCUCUACUUCACAAUUAAGUGGCCUCUUUGUGGCCGUAGCUUGGAAAACAAAUAUGAAAAUGGCUAUGAAUACGUUUGCAAGGUGCUGCAUAUUGAGACCAUUUUACUCCGGGGAGCUUCUUGCUGCAGCAGGUAAUCUUAAAGCGGCGAUGCAUUCCCACGUUUUGGGGUGAAAGACCAGCCCCUUACGGACCAACAUCGCCGAUCUAUUUCUCUUUCCAUUACUUAACGCAUGUACAGAAGAUUAAGUCAUUUAAUAAAAGUUUGAUUAUCUCUCUCA